AUGUGGGAGGGGCGUCAGCGAGAUGUGGCACAAGAGGAGCAACCAGGCCACUGUAGCGAUCACGACGCUGUCAGGAGACGCGCAGUGCAAUUAACGACGCUCAUUAGCCUCCUGGAUAUGUGGCGGCACAUCAUACGGGAAAGUGAUUUCAUUGUUCAUUGCAAUGCAGUCGUGAACAGCUUCGGCGAUAUAGUAUCGCCUUGUCGUACCCCUUUUCCAAUGGCUGAAGCCCCGACGAAAUCCAGCUUGUUCUUGAGGUUGGAGUUCAUCAAACAUUCUAGAUAUGCGCGUGAAGAUGAUCUUGGUGAAUACUUUGUAGAAGAUGCUCGGACAGCUCCAUGGUUAAGCGGCGUCGACCAGGACACACUCUCGUUAUUUUGGACAAACAUUUUGAGUCCGGCUAGUGUGGACCUUGUAUCCACGUUUGCGGCACUAUCGAAACCCGUUGUAACUGCUCAACCGAAGCGAGAGAUCCCUAUUACUCCAGUACCUGUGAACCGUAAUAAUGUACCACUGCAGUUGAACUUUUCUAAUUCUCCACUAAAAAUGGAUGCUGGGUGCCAGACUGUCGAGGAUAUCAAGGUUUCGCAAUGUCUUUCGUCUGGUUGCGGGUUGACCUUUGUAUCUGAAAUGAUUAUUUUGGCAGCGGUCUACCUUACUGGAAGCAUUGAGAAUGACUGCGUUACCACUAAGGCAAUGAUUACAGACGGUAACUUGUGA